CGUCGAAUGCUCCCACGAGUAUCCACGAGCAUCCACGAGUAUCUCCGCUUCGGAGCCUCUGACGGUCGAAACUAGCCCGUCUUCAUUUGUCCGCCUGCGGUUCCGGUGCGUCAUCCCUGACGAUGGCCCCGGCCGGCCAGGGAACCGACGUGACUCGGGAUUUGUCGGUCCGGGAUUUGUAAGUCCAGGAUGUUGUCGGUCCAACAGAUCGGCGGAUCCGGCGUAGCAUCGCAUCAGUGGUUGCCUCCAGGAAGAACCCUGGCAUGGCCUCGAUAAAUGUCGCAGAAACUCAAACUCACCUCACUCGUCGGCGAGUCAAGAGCAACGAUACGAUGCGAAGUGAGUCCGCAAGUUGGCGAGUGGGACGCCGAUCUCGUCCGCUGCAACGGCGUCCAUCCCAAGUGCCGUUGGCUCACGCACCAUCCACAUCGGCUAACACGGCAAAGCGGCAGCUUGACGGGAGGCGGGAUUGGCGUCGUCUAGCUGUAAGUGGACAGAGUUCGCGGCAUGUCUUCUGGAACAAGUCUGGAACGAGGCGAUCGCGACACUCGCAUUUGCCGUCCAUUUCGUCGCCUUUUUUUUUUGGUUUCUCCCGCAAUUCUCCCUCUCAGAAAAAAAAAGACACCCGUCCUACACAUCCCUGCCGAGAAAAACCGGGUGGCAACUGUGCGGGCGUCGACUGUAUGCCGGACCGGGAGCCACUCUGUCGGCGAAUUCCUCGGUGCUAUCGUCACGCGAAGCGUCAAAACACCCAACCGCCCCGUUUGGGGCCCCAUUCAAUGCUCGUCCGGGGCUCCAUUCGGGGCCCCUGAUGUUCAGAGCCCGUAAAGCAGGCCCGGGAAACUUUAACGGCGAGAAAUGCGGGAGUAUAAAGCCUGGGGUGACGUCUUUCCCCAGGAAAACUC